CAAGCUGUUACUACCUGUUUACCAGAUCAUAUAUUAUACAAAGCAAAUAUUUACAAAUUUAUGCAAAAGUAUAUUUUAGCUUAUUUUGAUAUAGUAGAAGAUGGUAAUUGUAGCUUUUGUGCUAUUGCUGUAUCAAUUGUAAAACAUGAUGACUACUGGCUAAAUAUUCGCAAACUUAUAUACAAAGAACUUA